CUUCCCCGAGGGCCCAGCCGCGGGAGCAGCUGCGGGCGCUGCCCUGGCGACAGCCCAGCCGGGAUCCUGCGGCCCGACCGGCCCCGGGCCCGGCUCCCGGGGACAGCGAGAGCUCCAUGGCAGGUCCUCAAACCUGCCCUUUGCAUUUCGCGUCUUAAAUGUGCAUGAAGGAAUUAAACUGCACGAGUGAAUAACAGCAUUAGUUUCAAUUAAUUUUUAUCCUGGCAACAAUAAACUUUAGAAACAAAGCGCUUUUACAUCCUUAAUUAGGCUUGCUUCCCAUCUGCAGUCUUUUAAGUGCCUGCUCCGUGAUUUAACUUUGUCCCUCCUUCAGAGCCGCCUCCUUUUUCAUUCUUUUCCCUUUUUUCUCGUUAUCCCUUCCAGACUGCUGCCUGUUUCUUUCCUGCAACCUUUCACCUCCCUUGUCCCUAUCUGUCUGCUCUGCUCUCUGCAGUUUAUUUCUACUGUAUUUUCCCAACAUCAACAGCAGUAUUGGUUACCAUGGCCCCGGGCUAUGUGCAGAGGUGGGAAAGCUUCAUCCGCCCAAAAGUUCUUACACUUUUGAAGUCUUUCUUUUAGCAGGAUCUGAAAUGUAUCAUCUAGAGUGUGUAUUAAAUGAACAGUAUUCCUGAAGGCUUUAGAGCAAGAAAGGCAACACCCUGGAAAAUUCUGCAGUCUUUCAGCAUUCUCUGCCCUAGGGUUAUAGCCCUGGGCACGGAGCUGAAUGGAGCUCUUACAACUGCCUUCUGUUUACCUUUUAUGGUUAAAAUAACAGCUUAGCAAAGAAGCAACUUCAUGGAGAAACGAUUCAGUGAAAUCAUCUCAAGCUGUAGCAGCAUAGCUAGUUUAAUCACCCCUAGAGAGCUGAACAACUGUGAGCACAAUGGGACACAAAAUCAUUUUGUGUGUAAAUGAGCAUGGCAUUGUGAUUAUUUCACUUUGCAUGGGCAAAUAGUUUUUACAAGCAGUACUUAUGCAGUUAGCUUAGAAAGGCAGAAAAAGAUAAGCUGGCUCUGAAAGAUCUUUGUGUGUAAUGUUUGAAAAACUAAAUAUUCAGAUAAUUUGGGAAUCAGACUCUAUUGAUUUUGCCUUCAGCAGGUUCCUGUGUUACUUAUUAGAACAGGGUUAUUGCCUGUGCCACUAGUUGGGAUGCUGUAUCCUGUCGUAGGCAACUAAAGAGCAAGGAUUAUUUUACAUGGUUUAAUAAAUGAAGUUUGUUAGUGUUUCUGCGAUAUUUACCCUUAAGGUUUUAAUUUUCACAUCAGUAUUAGAAAAUAUGUGCAUAAAGACUUUCACUGGAUAAAUACAUUUAGGAUUUUGCUUUGUGCAUAAAAUAAGUACAUUACUCAGUGUGAUGAAUUUUAGCUGCUUUUUACAUUAAGAAGAGGAAGGAGUCAUUGGAAAUAGGGUUACGGUACCUUAAGAAAUAGGGGGUAUUUAUUUUUUUCAAGCAAUAGUAUUUUCAGUGCCCUUUAUAUAUUGCUUAACAGUGAUACCCCUUGAUCAUUUGCUCAUAUGAAAAUGAAUGAAUUCCACAACUUCAAUGAAAAUGUAGGAUUCAUGUUUUUUAUAUGAAUCCUCUUCAGCCAGGGGAAGAGCCUGUACUUUUAAUUCCCCUUCUCCUCUCCUCUUCCAAAAAGCCAGUGGCACCCUCAAUAAGUAUGAAAAGCCAUAAAACUUUGAGAACUAUUUUAGCUUUCCAGUGAUUUUCUAUAAUUAAGUGGUUUUUCAACACAUGCUCUAGCUGAGAGAUGCCAAAAGCAGAGGGUUGUUCAAAAGGUCCCUCCAGUGAAUAGUAUAAAUUAAAUAUCUACUGUGUGAGUAUGGCCUCACUGAGGAUCUCAGACUCUUUACAGAUCAAGGAAUUUACUGGUAUACUAACAUUAAACAAAAUCCUAUGAUAGCAGCAGUGUUUAAAUAUGCACAAAUAGAUUGAGAUCACUUGAUCUUUAGCUAUCUGUGCAUAUUUUAAAAUUGAAGUCUGUAUUUUGAGACAAAUGGUUAAAUGUAAGACGCAUUUACAGAGGACUGGAAGGCCUUUGAUUUCAUUUGGAAAUUGUAACAAGGGGUGCAGAUGAGCCCUAAUUAGGCACUUGUUUUGUGAAACUGUGUGAGAUUUCUUUCUGAGGCAGCUCUGUACGUGCGAGGUCUGUACCUUUAUCAUUAGUGAUAAUAGUUGGGGUCUGAACAAAGGGGGUUGACAUUCAGCCUGGAUCUUCUGACCCUUUCAUUUAAGUGAACGAGUACAGAGUAAACAUGAGUUUACGGUGCUCUUUGGUAAGAAGGAAAAAAAACAACAAACCUUUGUCUGCCUUGGCAGACAGAUGAGGCACUCACAGACUAGUAAACACACCACUAAAAUACUGUAGGUACUUACGUACUAAGUUGGUUUUAAAAGUUAGUUCUUAUAUUUAUGCUGUAUGACAUAUUUACUGAAGAUUGCCCACAACAGGCUCUUGUGGGAAACAAGAAAGCAGCGUCUCCAGUCAUGAAAGGAUUCAAUCACUUUCCUUGAAGGUGGUGCUGUAGUAGAAAUGUUAAUGCCCAAUUUCGCAUCGGCUGACACAGGAGUCGUAGGACAGAGUUGGUAUUUGCUUCGCGUUCAGUGCAGAUGUCCAUCCAGCCUGCGAAGAGAAAAGGAUGUGGAUUCAUAAUGGGGAGGGAAGAAGCAUGUCCCGUCUGUCUCUAACACGGUCCCCGGUUUCUCCUUUGGCUGCUCAAGGAAUUCCUCUCCCAGCUCAACUCACCAAGUCGAACGCUCCCGUGCACAUCGAUGUAGGAGGACACAUGUACACCAGCAGCCUGGCUACCCUGACAAAGUACCCAGACUCCAGAAUAAGUCGUCUGUUUAAUGGCACAGAGCCUAUUGUCUUGGACAGUUUAAAACAACAUUAUUUCAUUGAUCGAGAUGGUGAAAUUUUCAGAUAUAUAUUAAGCUUCCUAAGGACAUCAAAGCUCCUGCUCCCAGAUGACUUUAAGGACUUUAAUCUUUUAUAUGAAGAAGCAAAGUAUUACCAGCUGCAGCCUAUGAUUAAGGAACUUGAGCGAUGGAAACAAGAGAAAGAACAAAGGAAACAUUUCCAGCCUUGUGACUGCUUGGUCGUAAGAGUGACUCCAGAUCUGGGGGAAAGAAUUGCAUUGAGCGGGGAGAAAGCUUUAAUAGAAGAGAUCUUCCCGGAGACCGGCGAUGUCAUGUGCAACUCCGUAAACGCAGGCUGGAACCAGGACCCGACCCAUGUUAUUAGGUUUCCUUUGAACGGAUACUGCCGGUUGAAUUCAGUGCAGGUGCUCGAAAGAUUAUUUCAGAAGGGAUUUAACGUGGCAGCUUCUUGUGGUGGUGGGGUGGAUUCCUCUCAGUUCAGUGAAUACGUGCUGUGUCGCGAAGACAGACGACCACAACCUACCCCAACCAUCAGAAUAAAACAGGAGCCCCUGGACUAGACCCGACCCGUACUCCUUUGUAACCGUAGAAGUGUUUAAUAGUCCCUUAUGUGAAACACUAAGGAUUUGCAAAACAGUAUUAGCAAACGGAUUUUGACUUUAUGUUGCCAAUUAGUGGUAUUCUGAAACUACCUGUCACAUCGCCAGCCAUGAAAUGCAUUUGAAAAACCAGUUGUCUGUUUUUCACGAUGAAAUUCCUGAGCAUGCUCAGCAUCCCAGGCCUGCUGGGAACGUACUUUGGGCCGAACAGCUGCGGUGGUGAGCAAGUCGAAGCUUCACAAACCCCUGGAGAGACUGGACUUCUGCAGAAAGACCAAUUAAUGAAAGCAAUUUGGAUAGAUCAGCAGGAGAAAGGGUCUGACGGCCUUUCCAGCAACACCCGAUGCUGUGACGCGUGAAGUGGGCACCUCCGAGAGGAAGACGGUACUAAAAGCUGCACUGAGAAUCUUCCCUGACAGCCGCACCUCCUUCAUAUCAGACGUGCUUUACACCUCCAUACAUUAUGUUACACUUCUGUGAUUGUACUCGCUCAUGCUAGCAAAUGGCUUAUUUUUAUACAACAUUUCCAACUGAAAUAUCUCUCUGUGGACAGAAUCCAGAAUCAGAAAAGGACCGAUUCAUAGUCAACUGGUGCUCGGUGCUUAAAAAACCCCACACAAACCAACCAAAAAAAGCGACUAGAGAUCUGACAAGACCGAUUAUGGCAAUAUUUGCAAAAGUAGGGACCUGGAAGCACAAAAUCAAAUGCUGCCCACCAUCACCCACGGGUCGUGUCCUGACCGUGGAGCUGUAGUUCUCUUCGCAUCAGUCUUGUUUUGCCUCGGAAACUGUUGAGUUUCGCAUCAUCAAGGAAGCGCAGUUCUGCCAAGCAAGAUCUGCCACCCCUCGUUACUCAUUCACUAACCCUGUUAUAAGCCCACAUUUAGGAGGAAACGUUAAGAAUUUUGGACUAGACCACUCUUUAUGGGUCUGGAAUUUUUGCAAAAAGAUCAAACCCUGUACUGCCAUUGUCCGGUGAGAGCAGGCCACCUUUUGUUUAGAUUGUUUUUCUCUAUUAUUUUAAACUCUUAUUAAAAUACCGAUUCUGUA